AUGAGGGGUAUUUGCUUUGAAGUGUGUGAUGUGGUUCUUCAUGCUGCUGCCAUCCACAGAGGAGGUGGUGAGGUCAUUCCCACUGCUAGGACACUCAUCUAUGCUUCCCAACUCACUGCCAAGCCAAGGCUCCUUAAACCUGUCUAUCUUGUUCAAAUCCAAGCUCCAGAGCAGACUCUGAGUGGUAUGUACGGUGUUCUUAAUCAGAAACGUGGGCCCGUGUUUCAGGAAAUGCAGAGGCCUGGGCAGGCCUUCCCACAAUGUGUCUGUGAUCAUUGGGAGAUGAUGAUGUCUGAUCCAUUGGAAGCUGGAUCCCAGGCUUCACAGCUUGUGACAGAUAUCCGUAAGAGGAAGGGUUUGAAGGAGCAAAUGACCGCACUAUCCGAGUUUGCGGAGAAACGGUGA